CUGUUUGCUACAUUUUCUGCUGUUAGCACAGUAAAAAGCAAAGAGAGAAAGAAUGGCAAGAACCAAGCAGACCGCUCGCAAAUCUACUGGCGGCAAAGCCCCCAGGAAGCAGCUGGCCACCAAGGCCGCUCGUAAGAGCGCCCCGGCCACCGGAGGCGUCAAGAAGCCCCACCGUUAUAGGCCCGGUACCGUGGCUCUGCGCGAGAUCCGCCGUUACCAGAAAUCCACCGAGCUGCUCAUCCGCAAGCUGCCCUUCCAGCGCCUGGUCCGCGAGAUCGCCCAGGACUUCAAGACCGACCUGCGCUUCCAGAGCUCUGCCGUUAUGGCUCUGCAGGAGGCCAGCGAGGCUUACCUGGUCGGACUCUUCGAGGACACCAACCUGUGCGCCAUCCACGCCAAGAGGGUCACCAUCAUGCCCAAAGACAUCCAGCUGGCUCGCCGCAUCCGCGGAGAGAGAGCUUAAGCUAAACGCUCUCCUACCAACAACGGCUCUUUUCAGAGCCACCUCACUCACACCAAGAGCUCGCUCCCUUAUUGUUUUUAUAAUAUUCAUCUUGUACUCGCACUUCAAUGUUCUUGCUGUUUCUAUACUACAAACUACAGUUGGCAUCAACGUUGAAUUCAUCAUAAGUGGCUCAAUGUGUGUCAAUGGGUGGAUGACUGCUUGUAGUGUAAAGCGCUUUACAGUCCUUAAUAAAGCACUAUACAAAUACAGGCCACUUACUAUUUACUUCUGUCUCCCAGAGUAGGAGUUCUAAUUUUGAUUGAACUGUCAGAGAAAACAGCAGCCUCGAGUAAGCCAGGAUAUU